AUGUCCCGCUACGAUACUCAUGUUCGCCGCGCCCACCCGAUUACCUUCGGGCUCACCAUCCUCUUUGCCAUCAUCGAGCUCGGUCUGAGCGCCUUCCUUGUCAGCGUCUUCAGCUCGUCGCGCCUCAACUUCCUCCUCUUCACCUCGAUCUGGACUCUUCUCCUCGCACCAGCCUUUGUCGGCCUCUUCUUCCGUGCCCCAGGCCACAUUGCGUCCAGCGUCGGCGCGCACUGGCUCUUCCUGAUUCUCACAUGGAUCUUCUGGCUCGCAGCCGCAGCCGCGCUCUCUGACGCACUCGACGGAUGGUUCGUGGGCGGUUGCAGUGCGUACAUCUUUGGGCAUUGUGGCACGCUUCGUGCUGCUGAGGCGUUCGCUUGGAUCAUCUUUAUCAUCAUGACGUUCGCGCUGUUCGCUGUUAGCUUCCUCGGUGUGCACCAUAUCCGCGGUGGCAGGGGUUACCGCGAGCCGAUGUACGAUGGCGCUCCGACUACCAAGGUUUAA